AUGUACAAUGAUCACCAGCAUCAAGCAACAGAUAUUCACCUAAAGAAGGAUGUCUGGGAUGGAUUAUCAGUGAAAGGAGCAUUCUAUAUGCUUGUACACGAUAGUGAUUCUACUCAACUAGAACAGAUAUUAUUCAGCAUACAAAGUCUUGAGGAUCGUCUUAUUCCAGCUUUUGCUUCAAAUAGGACUUAUCCUUGGAUAUUUCUUACUAGUCAACGAUUUGUACCUGAUUAUAAGAAGGCGAUUCGUAACGCAACGCGCAAUCCAGAUCAUCUUUAUUUCGGUCAAAUAGAUCUAGAGGCUUGGACCUUCCCACCUUGGAUUGAUACUUCAAGAGCUGAGAGUGCCAUGCAAUAUUCAAUUGACCUGAAUAUACAAAAUGCACACAGUCUACAUGAUCGUAAGCAAAAGAGGUAUCAAGCUGGACUAUUCUAUCAUCAUUCCUUAUUUAAUGAUGUUGAUUAUGUAUGGCGUGUAGAACCUGGAUCGAGCUACAGUUGUGAUCUAUUUCAACAAGAGCAAGAUCCAUUUCAGGUUAUGCAAUCAGAAAAUAAGAAAAUAGGAUUCACCAUUACGACAAAGGAAGAUCCAAAGACAAGUUAUAAUUUAUGGCGGGCGACUUUGUAUUUUAUGGAACAAAAUCCUGAAUGGAUCAAACCAAAGGAGUUAACUAUCAUGAAUUGGUUAAUCACUCAUGAUCAGUAUAACUUUUGUCAUAUGUGGACAGGUUUUGAAAUUAUUAGUUUAGAUUUCUUAAGAUCAAAACCUUACAAAGCCUUUUUCCAUUAUAUCGAUAUUGUAGGAGGAUUCUUUUAUGAAAGAUGGAAUGAUGCUACUAUUAGAACCCUUGCAGCUGCCAUGUUUCUGGAUAAAAGUGAUGUUCAUUUUUUUAAUAAUAUAGGGUUCCAUUAUUUGUGGGGGAACUAUUGCCCUUUGGAUAAUAAGCUUCUAGAAAAUUGUUCUUGUCAUUAUAAGCAAAAUAAUUUAUUUGAAGAAAGUAGCUGUACAUUGGAACUGUUACGUGAGAUUAAUCCUCAAACAAUCAACGAUAUCAUUCAGUUUGGUAUAUCAAAAUGGGAAUACAAAAGUUAA